AAGUCAUCGAAAGUAAAACUAAGAUGAUGCUUAUUUUACAGGUAUGCAUAGCUGUCGCCACAGAACGGAAAUUACGUCAUCCGCAGAACUGGCUUCUGGUGUCACUGGCCGCUAGUGACUUACUGGUGGGGUCGCUCAUCAUGCCGUUGUCGUUGGCCCAUGAGCUGAUGGGUUACUGGGCGUUCGGGCCGGUGUGGUGUGAGAUCUGGCUGGCCAUGGACGUGUUCGCCUGUACCGCCUCUAUCUUCAACCUGUGCCUCAUCGCACUGGAGCGGUACCGCUGCGUUGUCAACCCCACCGCUUACCGCAGGUACAUGCAGCCCGACGAUCGGGAACUUAGCCUACAAUACACAUCAUACAUUCCUAUUUUGCUUCUUUCUUGUAGCCCGACGAUCAACCGGCGCCAGGGAAUCCUGAUCGCAGGAGCUUACAUCAUCGCAGCUGCCAUCUCCCUCCCGCCGCUGUUCGGCUGGGCCGAGCCCCGGGCGCAGGACGGCGCCCUCCCGAUGUGCCCGCUGCACCGGUCCAUCGGCUACGUCGCCUUCUCGGCCACUGCGAGCUUCUACAUCCCACUAAUCGUCAUGGUGACGGCCUACAUCUGUCUGAUCGUGGCAACACGGGCGCACCUCAGAAAGAAGAUCUCCAAGCGUCCUUCGGGAGAGCCACUGCCACAACCCAAACCAGCUGCAGUCUCGGAGAUGAAGAAGGUUGAUGAUGGUUACAUCCAUCUGAGGGUGAUGCGGUCAACCGCUACCAUUACUGGUUCGCGCCGUAUGAGUGUUGUUGGCAGUACCCCGACUAGCCCUGGUCGCAACCAAGCUACACCGCCCAAGAAGCCAAGAAAUCCGAGAGACAAGAACCAGGGCAAGAAGAUUAUCACCGUACUAACGGCUACAGCAUCUACUGACAGAAAACAUGGGGAGAAGAGUGGCAGAAGUGGUCAGGGUGGCGCAGACAUCUCCAAAGAAAGUAGUGACGGAAAGCAGCCCAAAGGGUCGUUUCCCAUCAGGUUUGAAGAAGCCAAGAGCGAGGUUGUCACUGAAGCUCUGCAGCGAAUCGGCACAAAGAUGGAGCUGCAGUUCGACAGAAAUCGGAAGGGGGCGCCAGGUCUCAGUCCACGGCAGGAGAGGCUGAAGAUUUUACAGUCCAGAGAGCGGCGGUUCACGCUGAUCAUCGGGCUCGUCAUGGGGGCGUUCAUCGUCUGCUGGUACCCGUUCUUCCAGCUCUACCCCAUCGUGGUUGCCUGCGAGUCGUGCAACGUGCCUGAGCUUGUCUUCAAGUUCUUCUUCUGGAUUGGUUACUGCAACAGCGCUGUCAACCCGAUCAUCUAUACUAUCUUUAACAAAGACUUCAGGGGCGCCUUUCUGAGAAUCAUCACGUACGGUUUCCGCAAACGCCGCGCACAUGGCGUUUAGGUAAAUGACCGGGGAGUGAAGAGCUUGAGGGCUCCUCCAUAUCGCCCAAUCAAAAUAGAUUACAGUGCACAACAACCAAUCAGCAGCCUCAUCUGGACAGUCAAAGAGAACAAUGUGAUUCCAACGCAGAUCAAGCAAUCAGCAGCCUCAUCUGGACAGCAAAUCAGAACAAUGAGAUUCCAACGCACAGCAACCAAUCAACAGCCUUAUCUGGACCGUCCAAUCAGAACAAUGACGCAACAACAAAUCAGCAGUCUUAUCUGGACAGCCAAUAAGAUUCCAACGCACAACAACCAAUCAACAGCCUUAUCUGGACCGUCCAAUUAGAACAGUGACAUUUCAACGCACUGCAACAACAAAUCAGCAGUCUUAUCUGGACAGCCAACAAGAACAAUGAGAUUCCAACGCAGAACAACCAAUCAGAAGCCUUAUCCAGACAACCAAUAAAAAAAAUGAGAUUCCAACGCAAAACAACCAAACAGUCGCCUAAAAUCAGAACAAUUGCUUCUAAACGCACAACAAUGAAUCAGCUGACUUGCACAAACAAUGAACGGUAUCACAACUUGCCAAUAUAGAUAUUUAUUGGUUAUUAAUGUAAGUUUUGUCUGUGUGUAGAACUAUCUGUAGUGUAUGUUCAUUAAUACACGUAUUGUCCAUGGACACAUAGAAUGAUUUUGGUUCUGCAAACUUCAAAGUAAUUAAGAUUCCAUAACAAGUGUUCAUAAACAUAUGUGGCAACAUUCAAUGCAUAUUAAUAAGGAAUGUAUAAAAAAUCUAAACUUCUUAUAACUUUUCCCCUAAAAUUACUUUUGUAUAUCAUGUAAGAUCAUUGUUGAUAUUCACGCAUAUGUACUUUUGUGAUGUUACAUUCGUGCCUUUGUUAACUACUUAUAUGCAUGUAGUCAAGUUAUUCCAAUGUUCAGAUCUUUUAUUGUAGAUGUUGUAAUGGUGGGUUCAAUAUAACAUGCCUAGAAAAGUUUCUCUCAACGCGGAUGUGCCACUUUCACAAACUGGGGCGUGGCUGACCGGAAAAUUUGCAAGAAUUGUGGUUUAAAAGAUAAUAUGAGCAUCAUUUGUGUAUAUUUCUUGAUUAGACGUACACUUUUACCUUUUGUUUCCACAGCCAGACCGGGCCCCGGUUUGGAAAUAUGAUCGUAGCAUAACGUAUGAUGAAUUUUUGUCUAAAAUUACAUUGUAUAUAUUUAAA